GAAAGUCGGAGCUGAAAUCGGAGCCGGCCGAAACGUGGGAAGGGGAGGAGGAAAGGGAGGAAGAGGGAGAGGAAGAGGGAGCCGAGAGGCCGGGAGAGGGAAGGAUCGAGGCCGGGCACCCGGGCGGCUCCGAACCUGCCGCUUGCCCCGGGUGGGGGAGGUGGCCCCGGAGGAGCGGGAGGGCGCGGGACAGUGGGAUCCUUCCCCAGAGCUGAGCAGCCGUUCCCCCGCAGCUCCCCACCGUCUUCGGUGGCCAAGAGCGCGCACCCACCCUUCCGCGGGACCUGCUCCCCUGCCAGCGACGCCCCGCGCUUCGCUGCCAACCUGGGACGUGCUUUGCGCCCCCUGCCCACGGGACCCUCGAGGCUUCCCCUUUCUUCCCGGUUUCCCGGGCUUGACCCUCCCCCAGGGAGGAAGAGGGAUAGGAUCGCUCCCGGAGCACCGAAACCGAGAGCGGGAGAGCCGGAGUGGGCGCUGCGCUGGGGCAGAGGCUCGGCUGCUAAGCCCGGGUGCGCUGCGCGGCCAGCCCACCCCGCCCACCCCGUCGGACUGGGGUGCCCGGCAGGAGAGCGAGGUCCCCACUGCUGUACAGCCGGCAGGCGUCGGCUGAGUCGGGAGCGCCCUCGCCUGCCCCUCCGCCGCCCCAGCGGAGCCAGAGAAGCGCGCAACAUGAGUGGCGGCGAAGUGGUCUGCUCCGGAUGGCUUCGCAAGUCCCCCCCGGAGAAAAAGUUGAAGCGUUAUGCAUGGAAGAGGAGGUGGUUCGUGUUACGCAGUGGCCGUUUAACCGGGGAUCCAGAUGUCCUGGAGUAUUACAAAAAUGAUCACGCCAAGAAGCCUAUCCGUAUCAUUGAUUUAAAUUUAUGUCAGCAAGUCGAUGCCGGCUUGACAUUUAACAAAAAGGAGUUUGAAAACAGCUACAUCUUUGACAUCAACACCAUCGACCGAAUUUUCUACUUGGUAGCCGACAGUGAGGAAGAGAUGAAUAAGUGGGUUCGCUGCAUUUGUGACAUCUGCGGCUUCAAUCCGACAGAAGAGGAUGUGAAGCCCCCUGGCAGCUCCUUACCUGCGCCGGCGGACCUGCCUUCAGCUGCAACGGCGACCUCGGCGUCCGCCCAGGCGGACUCGUCCUCUGCUGCCCAGCCUCCUCCGUAUCAGCUCAUUAACCUUCCGCCACAUCUGGAAACUCUUGGCAUCCAGGAGGAUCCUCAAGACUACCUCCUGCUGAUCAACUGUCAGAGCAAGAAGCCUGAACCCAUCAGCCAAGGGUCAUCUUUUGUUUCUGAAGAAGGAGAGGAAUACCUACUACUAGAAGAUUUUGAAAGCAAAACGAUUCCAUUGCAAACACAUGCCGAUUCUGCGAAGUCCACCUCUUCUGAGACAGACUGCAACGAUAACGUCCCUUCUCAUAAAAACCCUGCAUCCUCCCAGAGCAAACACGGAGUGAAUGGCUUCUUCCAGCAGCAAAGCAUGUAUGACUCCCCGCCGCCGCGCGCCGCGUCCGUUUCCAUAGACUCCAGCCUCUACUACCUGCCCAGGAGUUACUCCCAUGACGUUCUGCCAAAGGUGUCUCCGUCGAGUACCGAAGCAGACGGAGAACUCUACGUUUUUAAUACCCCGUCUGGGACAUCGAGUCUAGAGACUCAACUGAGGCACGUGUCUGUGAGUUAUGACAUUCCUUCCACGCCUGGUAACACUUACCAGAUUCCACGAACGUUCCCCGAAGGGACCCUGGGACAGACGCCCAAGCUAGACCCUAUUCCAGAUAUUCCUCCGCCGCGGCCCCCGAAGCCACACCCGGCCCUCGACCGGUCCCCGGUGGAGACGUGCAGCAUCCCACGCGCCACCUCGGACCCCGACAGCAGUUACUGCGUCCCGACCGCGGGGGUGGCGCCCUCCCGCAGCAACACCAUCUCCACCGUGGACCUGAACAAGCUGCGGAAAGAUGCUAGUUCUCAAGACUGCUAUGAUAUUCCACGAACAUUUCCAAGUGAUAGAUCUAGUUCACUCGAAGGCUUCCAUAACCACUUCAAAAUCAAAAAUGUGCUGACAGUGGGAAGCGUCUCAAGUGAAGAGCUGGAUGAGAAUUACGUCCCGAUGAACCCCAACUCGCCGCCGCGGCAGCAUUCCAGCAGUUUCACAGAACCGAUUCAGGAAGCAAACUAUGUGCCUAUGACUCCGGGGACGUUUGAUUUCUCGUCAUUUGGAAUGCAAGUGCCUCCGCCUGCUCACAUGGGCUUCCGGUCCAGCCCAAAGACCCCUCCCAGAAGGCCCGUACCUGUUGCAGACUGUGAACCGCCCCCCGUGGACAGGAACCUCAAGCCGGACAGGAAAGGUCAAAGUCCUAAAAUUUUAAGACCCAAACCCCAUGGUUUAGAGCGAACUGAUUCACAAACCAUACGUGACUUUGCUACGAGAAGAAAGGCCAAGCCAGCUCCAUUAGAAAUAAAACCUCUGCCGGAAUGGGAAGAAUUACAAGCCCCGGUCAGAUCUCCCAUUACUAGGAGUUUUGCUCGAGACUCCUCCAGGUUCCCCAUGUCUCCCCGACCCGACUCGGUGCACAGCACAACUUCAAGCAGCGACUCGCACGACAGCGACGAGAACUACGUCCCCAUGCACCCCAAUCACUACAUUGAAGACUCAAAUCUUUUUGGCAGUAACAGCCUGGAUGGAGGGAGCAGCCCUAUGGUCAAGCCCAAGGGAGACAAACAAGUGGAAUACCUCGAUCUCGAUCUGGAUUCUGGGAAGUCCACUCCACCACGCAAACAAAAGACCUGUGGCUCGGGAAGCAAUGUAGCAGACGAGAGAGUGGAUUACGUUGUGGUCGACCAACAGAAGACCCUCGCUCUGAAGAGCACCCGGGAAGCCUGGACAGAUGGGAGACAGUCCACAGAAUCUGAAACGCCGACCAAGAGUGUGAAAUGAAGAUAUUCCUCCGCUGUGUCCUGAACACAAGAGAACUGAAUUGUAAAGCUAAAUCCUGUCCAACUGAAGACAACCUGACGCUUCUACUCUAGGUAGCUCCUCAGCUGAGCAGAGUGGAAGUCCAAGGACCUUUCCGACAUAAUCAAGCAGUUGAGACUGUCAAUGGUGCUUUGUGGUAUCUGAACAAUUCAUCACGUGUAGAUACGGUGGGAAAAUAGGAUUGUGUAGCUCCCAGGAGAAAAUCGGUUCCGUAGUUAACACACUUGUAGUAUUACUGUAUUUAUGCACUUUUUCAUUUAAAACAUUGGUUGGGGUAUUCCCAAAUGUACCUUAACAUAAUUUCCUUGGGAGUUGUUGGUUUUUUUUUCACACUACUCUAUAUAACAAUACUAAGUUAACUAAGCUACCUUUAUAUUUGGAAAUCGCUCUUUAAACUUCAGUGUAUGUAACAUUAAGAUGAGAAGUAGAUUCACAAUUUACCUUUCUACCUGAAACUUCAGGUGGUAAUCCUUAAACUACAGAGCAUAGUUGGAUUCAUCAUUCAAUGCCUUCCACAGUCCUAAGGAUAAUGUACAUACUGGUGUUUGGACCUAGUUCUCUGGUUCGUGUUAGUCCUCAGUGGUAGAACUUGACUAUAUUUUGUUAAUUACAGUGUUCUUAGUUCAUUGGGUGAAGAUUCUGCCGGGUGGGAUCUUGUACCUCGGGAAGACUGAGUAAUCGCACUGCCCAGUAAGCCUACAGAUCACUGAUGGCGUGAGGUGGUGAUGUGCUCUCACACGUGUGAACAUGUAUUCCACUGUACAUCAUUUGCAAGGCGUAGUUUAUGUAACUAAUCAGGUACGUACCAGGCACUGGCUGACGUGCUACUACACUGAUCGGGUUUAGACAGCUUUCGUUGUGUUCUUGUUAGUCCUGUGUCUGGUGUCCAGUCUGGAAUUAAUGAAACAGUUGACAUUCACUGUUAGCUAUAGCAACAUACUGUGAUUUUUUAAUUAGACAGUAAUUCAGAUUUAUUACUCUAAGAAUGAAAUUCUAUCUUUUGACACCAUAGUGCCCUUUCUAUGAUUUUUCUUCACUUAAUAUUCUUCUUGGCCUUAUAUUUAAAUCCCUAUGCAAUUAAUAUUUUAUACCUGCAUUUUUUUUUAAAAAAAUAGAUGUUAUGUAAGUGAUUCUCCUAUGUAGCACCUGUUGCUUUUCCAGUAAAAAAAAAAA